GCUGCCAGACUCGAAGUCGGAGUAACUGAGAUGCAUCCGAGAAAGAGGGAGUGAGAUCGGCCGAGAUUCAAACUUGAAAUCUAAACGACGAACACUCAGAGUCACGCGAGUUGUCGUGCGAUACGGCUCGAGCGUUUGAAAACGGACGACGAUAACAGGCGGUUAAUUGCGCGCCAUGUGCGAUCGGAGAAGUUUCAGAUUAAAAAAGAUCCUCUGUGUUCUAUCCUUUGUCAUUGGUAUCCUUCUACCAAUCGGAUAUUGUCAGAAUGCUGAACCACGUGGAUCAUUUGGAAGUAAAAGUAUCGCAAGGAGGAUGGAUCUUCUGCGUGACAAUGAACGUCUCGACGAACGACGAUUCAACUGGGACGUGUCUCUCGAUGGGGAGAAGAUGCUCGAAGAGAAUACAAGGGGCCUCUCCUUGGAGGGAACGUCGAAGGAUGAGAAGGACGAGGAGAAGAAGGAUGCCCUGUCCCGGUUAAACGGAGAAAAUAAAAACGUCGGUCUUCAUCCAUCGGAGGAGGUGGAGGAAGAGCUUCGUCCGAGAGCUUCCUUCCUUCGCCAGACUCUGAAUACGACGACAACGACGACGACGUUACUCGGAGAAAGACGAAGAACAACUAAUAUUAACAACGAUAAGACAAGAACGCGUAAGAAAAAUCGUCGAAUGAAAGAUAAUUCGCGAAAUAAUAAUCCAUUGUAUAACGUUGAUACGGAAGUUCGUGAGAACGAGAUAAAAGGUAGCGGAAGAAUAUCACAAACGAGUUUAGAAAAAUUAAACUUGGAUUCGUCUGUCUUGUCAUCGUCGUCGUCGUCGUCGUCGUCGUUGUCGUCAUCAUCAUCAUCGUCGUCGAAAAAGUCGAGGUACUCGCAAACGAGAAAGUUUCGUGCAGAACGACGAAGAAGACGGAAGAAUAGGGAUAGGAAAAGAGGUGGUGGUGGUGGUGGUGGUGGUGGUGGUGGUGGUGCUGGUAGAGGUAGAAAAAGGUCCAGGCAAAACGAGGAUAGAAAGGACGACGAUGAGAGACGAGCUACGAAGUUUAAGAAACGACCGAACGAUCCCAACGAACGCGACCAACUCUUCAACAAUUCUACGAACAUCGGUUCGACGUUUUUUAACGUUAAAAACGUCAGCAUUUUGGGACAGGAUUCAAGCAAUUUCGAGAGUUUCGAUUCGAGCACCGGCGGUCCUUCCAAUCUUCGUGCUCCACCAAUGACGACUGCGACGAUAGCUGGGGAGAAAAAAAGUUUAACCCAAGUUUUACCUCGUCGGGAUGUAUAUGCCGAAAAUGUUGAGAGAGAACUUUCCAAACAGCUGGAAAAGGAGAUCGCUAGAUCGGGUAUGAUCAAUUUAAACGAUCGAGUUCUUAGCAGUUCGACUAAUCAUCGAGAGACAUCAUUUUACGAUGAUAAAAAUAAAAUAUCCAACGAGAUUCCCGUGGAUGACAGAGCAAGAUUCGGUAAUUCUCGUUACGAUGCUGACAAAAUGUUAGGUUAUUCUCGUACGGAGGAAGAUUUACCAAUACUUGACCUUGAAAACGAGGUACUUGCAAGAACAAUGAAGGAUUAUAACGCUUACAUGACGUCAAGCUUAAAACUACGUCAGGAUCGUCCAAAAUUCACUUCCCCAUCUCGGUUACAUGAUCAACCAAUCGUCCCUUUAACUAGUACGAGUAGCACAACUACUACUACUACUACUACUACUACUAGCAAUACGUUCAACGAGGAUAAUCUAAAAGGCGACUUAUCCUGCAUAAACGGGACUUUCUUGCCGGCUCCACUAGCGCGACACGCUCUUAUCAAAUAUGUAAAAUCAUCCGUGCCAGGCCACGAGUACCUCGAAGCUGAUUACGAGUGUGCACCUGGUUUUUACAUGAUCUCAACCGGAAGUCGAUUACUAUGCAGAAAUCGCCAAUGGAUCGGCCAAGUGCCAAAAUGUAAACUCAAACAAGCACCCGACGGUGUCUGUUCUGAAGUAUCCUGCGAACACGUUUGUAAGGAAAUCGAUGGCAGAGCUGUUUGCUCUUGUUACAAUGGAUUUCGUUUGGAAGCUUACAAAUGUAUAGACGUGAACGAAUGUGAGGAGAACAACGGCGGCUGUGAGUACAAAUGCGUGAACACUCCUGGAUCUUUUCGAUGCGAAUGUCCGAAGGGAAUGAAACAGGGCGAGGACAGGUACACAUGCAUAGAUAUAAAUGAAUGCUUGCUGAACAACGGACACGGUCCUUGUCAGGACACGUGUCGGAACCUCAUAGGUGGUUACGAAUGUUCCUGCGAGGGUCUUCAGGACACGGUCCUGUCUGCCGAUAACCACACGUGCCAGAACGCAGGUCCAUGCAGUGUCAACAAUGCCGGAUGCUCUCACACUUGUCUCUCGACGAUGGGUCGAGUGUUCUGCCUCUGUCCGGACGGCUUCAUGCUCGAGGACGACUGGAAGACCUGUCAAGACGUAGACGAAUGUGCAGUACCCGAUCUUCAAACGGAAGUGUGCCGUUACGGAUGUAUCAACACCCAAGGAUCUUACAGAUGCGCUGAACCAAUGGAGCUGAAGGAUCAACCGAUAGCAGACAGCCUCUCCAUCACUUGCCUGCCCGGAUACGAGGUGUCCGCAGACGGUUCUUGUGUGGAUAUCGACGAGUGUUCGAUCGACAAUGGUGGUUGCAAGGAAGUAUGCGAAAACACAGACGGCAGUUUCUUCUGUGCUUGCGACGGUGACGAAAAAACUCUCUCCACCGAUGGGAAAACUUGCUUGGAUAUAGACAAUGUUGUUUGUCCAGCAUUAAAUCCCGCGGGAAGGGGUUACCUGAUGUGUUCACGAAUGGCCGGACCAAAAUCAUGGCGAGGUAGACGAAAGAUUACUAAUCAUCCUGGUACCAAAUGUUUCCUCAAAUGUCCCCAUGGUUAUCAGCUCCAUGGGGAAUACGAGCUCACGUGCCAAUCCGAUGGUACUUGGGAUGGCCCGAAACAUGGUGAAUGUGUUAGAUACAGUAAGCCAAGAUUGGAAUGUCCAAAGGAUGUCGUAGCAGAAUUACCACCAGGACGAGACGAAGCUUUCGUGACGUUCGAUCAACCCUCGACAGAUCUUGAUUGGUUCCGUUACGUACGAUCUAAACCAUCCUGGGGUACAAGAUUGGAAGCCAAUUUGAAAGUUGGUACACAUGAAGUUAACUUUUUUGCGAGACACCCGGUAUCGAAGAAACAAGCCAGCUGUGUAUUGCGUAUCAUCGUCAAAGAAGGUGAAGCGCCAAAAGUUAAAGAUUGUCCAAACGAUAUCGAAGUGACUGGUAAAAAUGGUACAUCGAUAACAUGGACGGAACCAAUCUUUACGGACAACGUUAAAGUAACACGGAUAAACAGCAACGAGAGUCCAGGACGUCCGUUUGACGUUGGAGGACACAGAAUAGAAUACGAGGCUAGCGACGAAGCUGGUUGGUCGAGCAAAUGCGUCUUCACUUUGGUAUUACGGGCUGAAUAAAAAAAUAUAAUAAUAAUAAUAAUAAUAUAAAAAAAAAAAACAAAAAAGAGAGAAAAAGAAGAAGAAGAAGAAGAGAAAGGGUUUUGGGUCGUGGGUUGUGGGUUUAUGGGUGUGGGUGAUGAUAGUAGUGGCCGAGAAUAAGAUGAAGAGGCACUAAAGGAAAAAAAAUAAAACAGA